AUGAGCGAGUUAACUUGGUGCACCCUACUCCCUUCAUUUGAUCCGGAUCCCCUCGAUCUUCUAUAUCGGGAGGCCGGCCCGCCGGCCCUGGCCCUCUUUGACUCUCCCAGAUCCUCCCAGACCCUCCAUGAUCAAGGUAUUGAACAGGCCCUAAAUAUAAACUAUCUCGGAGUUCGAAUGUGGCCAGGGACGUUAAAAUCCCCGCGAAAGAUACAUCUAGGCGCCCAGGGGAUCCUGGCGCAGAUCCUCGGCUCGUUUCACAAUUGGAUCAAUUGCAGGGUAGAACGCUUUGCAUGGAUGAACCGAUCAACCGGUUGA